CAGACGCCCAUACGCGAGUUCCACGACUUGCGAAAGGGUCGAGCUUGCUUUAUAACCCUUCUCCUUGCUGUGGUCCCAGUCAGCGUGAGCGACCGUUCUACACGCCCCGAUAUGAAUGUACCAUUAGUCCUUCACAAACGGAAAUACCAAGAGGUAGACCAUUCGGACGAUGAAGAUGAUGGACCGUUUCUCGGGAGGCAAGUGUUGCCUGUCGCAAAUCUCUCGGCCGACUUCAAAGGCAAACCCAAGGAUGGGUUGCAGUACUUGUUUACCGUCCGGCGAGACGCACGUAUGCUCCCGCACAUAACGAGAGCGGCGAAUCCUUAUGAGGUCCGGGAGAGCCACGACAGCCCGUAGUCGACGAGAUGAACGCAAGUCAUCCUCUCUUGCCGUCUGAAGAAUGGCGAGAAGUCUUCCUCAGGCGAUUCAAGAAUUUCCGCAAGAACGCUGUGCAACCCACACUGUUUGCACCGUUACCUGCCUCACUCGGCAUUAUGCCGAGAAUAAGGGAGAGAGACCAUUGGUGGGCCUUCUUGACGGGUGUACCUAUGUCCGAAUGGGACGCUGCCAAAAAGCCAAAGCCGUACCAGAAACCCUGGCGAGGUCAAUAUCAUGGCUAUGGUGCCGAUGCGUUGCCCAUCCCCAACGCGGAAGGGUCUUCGCAAAUCCUCAGUUAUUCUCUCGAGGACGGCCGAGUGUUCUCCACCUCCAAUAGCGAGAUGUGGAGGGUUACGACCGAUGGCGUUGAGCUCACUAGUGCGAUGAACGCUACUGCGUCGCUCCCCACACCUUCUGGCACGCCUGCACCACCCGAUCGCCCAGAAGAUACUUCUGACCAGAACGCUCCUGCGAGUAUUUAUCCGGAGCCGACCCCGAAGCACAUGCAACUCUUGUUCCACGGGGACGCUCUACAUCUCCUGAUGUAUUUCACGCAUUGGAUCAUUCUGCACCUCGAGAGAGGCUCAGCACCCUCACCCCAUGUCCUUACCGACACCCAUUCUCGCUGGAUAUUCGCCCUCCUCUCUCGCGUGCGCGAUGAUGUCUCAGCGGAUGAGAUGAGCACCUUGCGGAGCCUUGCGCGCGCCUGCAUGUCCCUUAUCGAGGAGAGGAAACGGGCGACGUCGAACGUUGCAAGCUCUUCGCAAGGCAAGGCCGUCGGGUUGUUUCCCAUGAAUGAAUCUGGCUGUUGGAUGAUCAUCACUCUCGUGAUCGGGAUUUGGGGCCAGAGAGACUUGUGGCAGGAUGCGGAGGCGAUGCUGCGCAGACUGCCGGCGUGAAAGCUACAUUGUGCAGAUGAAAGGCGGACAAGCCUUGCAGGACUCAGUAGCACGCUGACAUCUGCCAAUGGCCAGGCAUCCUGGACAAUACUUCAUAUCAUGUCGAGGUUC